AUGCCAACAUCCGAAGGCGACUUGACUGUUCAUCCAGAUGCGAUGCAGGUGGGCUGUUUGUGUGGCCAUCGCAAAACAGGCGCAUACCUAUAUGGAGUGUCACUCCACAGGGAUGGCUUCGAUCUUCAUUUGAUGCUUAAAUUUGUGUGCAUAUUCAGAUAUUCGAAGGAUGUGACCAUCGUCAGCUUUCCCGUGUGCAUUGAAAGCCACAAGUACAAGCGCAACAAGAUGCUAUUCAAUCUCGGAUUUGCGUUCGAUUCGAACUCCUACACGGGCGACUACGAGCCAGUCUGUCGGAAGAUUGCAAAGUAUCUGCGCGAAUCUGAGCUCCGCGACGAGUUCCUUUCCAAUCCUGAAACCAAAGUGCGCCUACCCGAAUUCAUGAUCCGGCUUAGAGAAGAGCUGUUGACUACUGGACAGUGCUCGUUUCAAAUAAAUGAAUGGUGCCUGAUUUAUGUUCACCUACCAGUGACCUUACCUGAACCCCCCGAUGUUUGGGAUUUCUAUGUACCUGUAAUGGUGAGACAAGCAGAGCGUCAGCAGAUCAGAGACGAGUGGGAUGGUACAUUGAAGAGGGUGUACCCCCAUAUCGAUGGGAAGAAUCAUGUAGCGGACAUUGCACACAAGGCGGCUGUUGAUACCGUACUAGUCCGAAAGUGUAUUCAGCACCUAGUGUAUUAUCAAAUAUGUGUACUGGUGGAUAUAUUUCAGUAUGGGAAUACCUACAUGGUGACUCCAGCGAUCAACACACUCUACAAUGACGGUCCUCUGCAGGCCCAGUGCUGCGUGUACGUCCAUGACAAAGAUGCCGCUCCGCCCCACAUAUCCACAAUAUUCUCGCUCUACACCCGGCUCUCUGCGGACAAGGAUGUUUCCACAUUCUGUGAGGAGAAUGAGCAGGCUCUAGUGGGCGUAGAUGUGCUCCGAUUCAUCCAGUUUGGAAUGGUGUUUGGGAUAUUGAGAUGUGUGCGCAGGUGGCCAGUAGUGGUCAAUGAUUGUACGGCGGAGAAUCGCACAAAUUCGCCGACGAAGAAAACCGUGUUCUCGGUACCGGACCAGAUAAAGAGAAUGUUCACCGGAGGCGUACCUUUUGACGAAGUGUGUUACAAACUGUGUGUGAGCGCAUCAAGCUUGGCCGAGGCGGUUACGCUGGAUCCUACUACGACCAUCAUCAAGAAGUAGGCUGGAGACCAUCCCGCAACCGAAGAAGUGAUUGUUGGAACGCUUCUAAGCAUUAAUGACCCAUUUCCCUUUAUGAGGCACGUAUUCAUAUGCGCAAGCACGUGCAUCAUUUUAAUUAGAUAGUUGACAAAAAUUCAUCCCAUCAAUAUGACUUGACUAAACGGUUACAAUGACUUAUAUCGAAGCACACGCUUCUGUAGUUGCUCGGGUAUAGUGGCGUCAUACGAGCUGGUCUCAACACAUCACCCAGAACGCUGGCACUCCGAGUGCAUUGAUUUCAUUUCAGCUGCACCCGCCGAGCCAGAAACUGCACAUGCACAUAACCGCAUAUACCAAAACUCCAGUGGCCAUUCCCGGCCCAAUCACACAGAAAAUCCUCUGGACCUUUUUCUCACAGAGAGGUUUGCAGGUCGUGUGGUACCCCUUCCCACCUCAGCGUGUAUAAAAGGCCGCCCAUUCCAGCCGCCGCGUUCCCGUUGUCACCCUCCAUCACCCUGAGCUAGUCAGCUCAUUCGCUGGUAUAUCUUCCGACUAGCAACCUGAGCGGCCAGGUCCAUGCCGGGGAAACAUGUACUGUCGAAUACCGCACUCGUGCCUGAUACUACUAUAGGCGGAUUUUAGGGUUUAGACUGGAAACGCUUUUGGGGCAAUCCACAUGAACACAGUAUGAUGAAAGACUCUCAGUAUUCGAGUGUUGCCUACACCAAGUAUAAUACGGAAACAGAAGGGAACUAUAAACAUCCAAAAGCAGA